UUAUAUAACUCAUCAAAUGUCAAAUACCUACAUGAAUUUUGUUGUAAAUGUAAAAUUAGUUUUCGGUUUUCCUCAAGCUUCGUUUUCUUAAAAUGCUUCUAUGAAAUAGCUAGCUAAGAUAUGACUACUCAAUAUAAAAAGUUUGUUAAAUUGAUAGCGAAGUGGCCUUUGGAUGCCAGCAAAGGUGAAAGAGAUUUAGGAAAAGUUAUUAGAGACAAAGUUAAACUUGCGUUCGAAUCUUCAGAACAACAAAACCUUGAUUCAGAAUACUGUACCCGGCAAUACAACUCGCUGAACAAACUGGCUGACAAUCACUACAGAAAUAAAUACAAACGCACAAAAACCAGCACUGCUACAGGUUUAAACACUGAAGAGUGCAACCUUAUACUCUCCAACGAAGUUCUAGACUACUUAAAAGAAGAAAACAAAGGUUUGUCUAUCCGGCGACUAUCCACAGAGAAAAUAGAGUAUAAAGAUCAUACCCCAGUUAUGUUAAAUGAAGCCGUAAAUUAUCUUAACCCCAAAGAUAAUGAAAUUUAUAUUGAUAUGACAUUUGGUGCCGGUGGGCAUUCCCGUAAAAUUCUAGAAACAGCUAACUGUCGCUUAUUUACUUUAGAUAGGGAUCCUACUGCAUAUGAGAAAGCUAAUUUACUUGCAAAAGAAUACCCAAACAGAGUCACACCAUUAUUAGGAAGAUUUAGUGAACUACCAAAGCUUUUAAAAGAAAAUGGAAUGGGUCAGAGUAGUAUAGAUGGGAUUUUAUUUGAUUUCGGCUGUUCAUCUAUGCAGUUAGACAUAGGAGAAAGAGGCUUCUCUGUAAAUAAGAAUGGGUACUUAGAUAUGAGGAUGGAUGCUGGUCGAGAUCCGGAUCAGAUCACAGCACGUGAAGUAUUAGCCACUGCGAAUGAACAAGAACUUUAUAAAAUAUUCAAAAUUUAUGGUGAAGAGAAAAAAGCUGCAAAAAUUGCUCAAACUAUAAUACAAGCCAGAUAUAUGAUAAAGAAUAUUGACACCACACAAGAAUUAGUUGACAUUGUCAACUCAUGUUGUCCAGAUGAAAUAAGAUUGGAUAAACUGAAUCGUCCACAAUCCAAUGCAACAAAAAUAUUUCAAGCUUUACGUAUAUUUGUUAAUAAUGAGCUCAAUGAACUUAAUUAUGGUAUGGUACUAUCGAAAUAUUAUUUGAAAAUCAAUGGUAGAUUAGUGACAAUUUGCUUCCAUUCUUUAGAAGACACUAUAGUGAAACGGCAUAUUGCUGGCAACAUUAUAAAUGAAAUAGCGAAUCCUGUUCCAUUGAAGUAUCUCAGUCCAACUUUGGUCCAAGACCAAGAAACAAUAGACAAAUUUUUAGACACACCUUGGAAGGCAAUAAAUAAGCAUGUGGAGGUGCCUUCCGAUGAAGAAGUUGAAAGAAAUCCUAGAAGUAGAAGUGCAAGACUACGAGCCGCAAUCAAAGUGAAGUGAGAAUCUAAAAACAUGUAGAUAACAUGAAUUUAAUUGUCAUAGUACAAUUAUUAGAAUAGAAGAAUAGAAUUAUAUCUGAAUAUAAC